AUGAGCAAGGGUAUUUUUCAGCCUUUGGCGGAUGGAGGAGUCGCGGCUCUGCAGAGAAACGUGUCCUCAAAGCCCAUGUUGGGCCUGCAGCCCCGCGGCGGUGCCCUGGUGCUGCCGCUGCCGUCCCGCUGCGCCGGCGGUGCCGGCCCCAUCCGCCCGCAAGGCCGCGGCUGGCUCCCUGCUCCCGGCCCAUCUGUGGGAGAGCGGCGCGGAGAUGGGCUUGUGUCCUGCCCCAUGGAUGGCGGCAGCUCAACCACCAAAGAAAAGGAACGUCCCACGAGCUGCGGAUCCAGGGAGGCGGUGGGAAAUAACCAGCCACGUGUUCCCGGGAGCCGCGGGCCGGCCAGGCCUGACUGCGCGAGAAGAGAGCGGACACCGAACCACCCGCCCGGACACGUUCCCAGGCCGGCCCUCGCGAGGAAACAACGGGGAGGCAGCACAGGCCCCUCCAAGCAAGACCCCGGCGACAGCCUCGAGGCGGCAGCUCUCCGUGCCCGGAGGCCCCGCCAGCUGGAUGGAGAAGCUCCCUCGCACACACAAGACACCGGACAACAGGGUGCCAUUUCCCACAGAAGGGCCCCUGCGCCUUGGUGUCCACCCGCACGCGCAGCUGGAAGUGCGGCCGGGCUCAGGGGAGAUGCAGCAGUUGACACCACCAAGCGCCUGACACAAAUCCCAUUAGGAAGUGUAAAUAAGCCUGAAUGGACGGGCCGCUGGAUGUCCCCAACACCUCCUUCCUCCCGGAGGUCUGCUGCUAAUCCCCCGCAACCGAAACACGUGGCGGCGGCGUCACCCGCGGCGAGCCCACGGGAGGACCGUGCCAGCCGCGAGCCACAGCCCGCACAACUCCCUUCACGUUCUGUUUAA